AAUAAUACCCACUUAAACACUUUCCUUCUUCUUCUUCUUAUAAAAAAUUCAACAACAUAAAAUCAAAAGCAGAAAAGCAGAGAUUGAAGCAAAAUAGAAGCUACAAAAAUGGUGGCAAUUUCGUUGUACAGAGGAAACCUUCACAGAGUCCCAGACGUACCUCGUCGAUGGCUUAUGCCAAACCCUAAAAUUUCUCUCAAGGACUUCAAAUCCCUUUUAACCCGUCGCUCUAUAGCUCUCUCUCGCGUCCGCUCCACCCUCCCCGCCACCUCCUCUAACCCUAACCCUAACCCUUCUUUUGUUCCAGAACAGCUCAAUGAAGCACCAAAGGUGAACGCUUUGACACACCCCAAGAUUAAAUUCGAAGCACCGGAGAAUGUUGUUGCGGAUUGCGAAGCUGGGCCUUCUGGGGUCGACAAGGAUGAGAAACAAUCGGACGGUGCUGAUUUUACGCUGAAACCCGUUGAUGGGUCCGAUGCAUCUCCUGCUUUUAAACCCGAUUUGCCUGAGAAAGGUUCCGAUGCUGUGGAUGUCGGUGCAAAUUCACUAGCUGUGAAGGUUGAGAAAGUGGAUGAAGUGGAAAACCCCAAUUCUUCGGCACGUAACAAAGAGGAUGUGCUAGAUGAGAAGCAAAAAAGGAAAAGAGAAGUUGAGGAGAAGCUGCAAGUUUUGAAUCAAAGGAAACAUACUAUAGUACAAGUUUUGAAGCAGAUGUUAAAUGCCGAGGAGGAAUUAAAGAGACGAAGUAGUAUGCAAGGAAUGGUGGUUCGCCCAUCUGUAUCACUUCAAGUGGAUGUAACAAAUGACUCCGGGUCAAUGACUAGGCAUGCUGCUGCUAGGUUGGGCUCAGAGGCGAAUCUUGAGAUGGAAGGGUGUGAAGGUGAUGAGCAUUCAAAUCAUAACUUUCAUUCUCGCCAUAUCUUCCGGAUGAACAGCACAUCCCCAUCUUCAGAGUCUCCUCUCAGAAGGCCAACUCAUGUUCAGCACAAUGUGGUUCCACACCCCUCUCGGGCAAGUUUGGGGGCUACUGGCAGCAGUCCAUCACGCUUUGCACCUGUAGGACACCAGGGGAAUCCUGCAACUCUUCCCACAUUAUCUGUAUCAGGAACAAACUACAUGGCAUCCUCUCCAUCCCCUGCAGCGUCCGGCGGCACUUCUGCUUUUAGAGAUGCCCGGCUGCCAAGUCCAUGGAAUUAGAUUUGCGUUAUGCACUCCCUUUGUUUACCAUGGGACUAUAGGUUGAUCGUGGGGAUGGAAUGAAGAACAUUAGACAACUAUGAAGCCAUCCAUUGCAUUCACGUAGGGGAUUCAAAAUUCUGGUGA